CGGAGGAGGAGGAGGGAAUGGAGGAGGCGGCGGAAUCGUUAACAAGGGUCACACAUGUGAGAAGGAUAACUUGUCUGAUAGUGGUUUUGAAAUAAAUGACGAUUGUUCAGAUGUGACCAAAACACCAAGACUGCAUGGCGGUGACGGAGUGCCAACGUUAAAUUUAGACAAAAACAGUGUAUCGAGUUUCGGAGGAAAAUCCGCUGCGUCGAAUAAUCCAUCUGCUGUGGGUAACGAUUGCAACAACAAAAAACCGCCCGACUCGCCGCAAUCGCCAGCGCGUCUCUGCAACAACACGUAUGCCGCCUUCAAGCGUGGCACUGUCGUUCGCGGAAUCCUCUGUCCCUCCAUGACAAAUUCAUUCCGACAACCGUCUCUCGAAAAGUCCUAUCUCACGUAUACGCAUCGACAACGCCAAAAAUCCCUAAUUAUCGUAAAUGUGGUCGACUUAAUCCUGAAAAUCGUAUUAGCUUUCAUAAAUAUCUGGCAAGUCAGCAGUAAUGAUGAUCCAAUCUCGCCGGAUUCCGUUACGUGGACUAUCAGUUGUAUUAUUGCGAAUUUGGGAAUUUGCAUGUUGGGGUUGUGGAAAUGUUUUGCCAAUAAUUAUCUACAUUGGGCCAGCACGUGUACAUGGCUGUUGCUGAAUUUACAAGGUUUCGUUGGUUCUGGCUUAGGAUUCGCGAGUCGUGAAUAUCUCGUGUGGUACGUGCUUUUUAUCGUCUUCGUACCUUACGCAAUGCUUCCCCUUCCCCUAAAAUGGUGCGUAAUAGCUGGAUCAACAUCUUCAAUUUGUCACCUGUUCGUUACGAGUUUAGCAAGACUAUUAGAUCCGGCUGUGGAGUCGUGGUGUGUGAUGAAGCAAUUUAUAGCGAAUUUUAUCCUUUACUCGGCAAUUAAUUUCUCGGGCAUGUACACGAAAUACUUGACGGAUCGUGCACAACGGCUCGCAUUCAUUGAAACGCACAAAGCGAUGGAGCACAAAAAGGAAUCGGAAAAGGAAUAUCAAAGGACACAAAAGUUACUGGAUUCAAUUUUGCCAAUGUUCGUGAACAAUGACAUACGCAAAGAAAUGUACAAAAAUCCCGACGAAACGCAUCCCGUGGACUCGCAAUUCAAAAAGUUGUACAUUUACCACAUGGAGAACGUAAGCAUCUUGUUUGCGGACAUCAAGGGAUUCACAGAGCUUGCCAGCAAGACGUCUGCCGAGCAAUUAGUUAAGAUAUUGAAUGACCUUUUUGGUCGUUUCGACAAAAUUGCCGAGGACAAUCACUGCUUGCGUAUCAAGCUAUUAGGAGAUUGCUAUUACUGUAUUUCCAUGUUUGACAUGCAAACAUUCAAGCCGAGGCCGGAUCAUGCUGUGUGCAGUGUGGAAACGGGUUUGCACAUGAUACAGGCAAUCAAAGAUGUGCGAGAUAAGACAAAAGUGCGCGACUUGGAUAUGCGAAUUGGCAUCCAUACAGGCAGCGUGAUGUGCGGCGUUUUAGGAGACAAAAAAUGGCACUUCGAUGUGUGGUCAAACGAUGUCAUCAUCGCGAAUCACAUGGAAUCUGGCGGAAUACCUGGACGAGUUCACAUCUCGAAAGCAACACUCGAAUGCCUCAACAACACGUACGACGUCGAGGAUGGCGAUGGCGGAAGUCGCGAUAGUCAUUUGAAGGAAAACGGCAUCAAAACGUAUCUCAUCAAGCGAACGGAACCGUUGCGGUCUCGCAAAAGUGUGCGACAACAAGUGCUGACAUUUGACAGGGAAAAGCCACAACGUUAUGUCGAUCCAAAGGUAACCACGCCAAAUCAUCACGAGCCACAGCAGCACUCGUCGUCGUCAUUCGCGCACAAUGGACAUCAAUUAAUUAAGAGAAUUUCACGCUCUAUUAUCCAUGAUAAUAGUCGCGAUGAAAGAGACGAGGAUUUCACUGGUGAAUGGACGCCUGAAGUACCCUUCACGAAUUUGAAUAAAAAAGCCGAGAGUGAUGGAGAUGAUAAUACGGUUGAUAUUUCGCCAGAAGAAGAGGUUGACGAACUCAUCGACCAAGACAUCCAAAUAAACUCCAACAAACACAUGCGAGACCAAUAUUUGAACGCAUGGACUUUACGUUUCAAAGACGACACACAAGAGAAAAGUUUCUGCCAGCUGCGCGAAGACAUGUUCCGCUCCAACAUGCUUUGCGUUUUUGCCAUGUGGAUCUUUAUCGCAUUGUGUCAAGCCGUCAUUAUUCCGCGGUGUGCCAUUCACAGCAUUUCCUUAGGCACCACGACGUUCAUUCUCGUCUUUUUCUUCGUGCUCGUGAUGGCGGAGGAGUAUCAGUUUUUGCCGAAUUUCUUUCGCAAUUAUUCACGAAUGUUGAUUCAUCAUCGAAAUUCUCGCACAAUUUUUGUGUGCAGCGUGAUUUUUCUGAUGUCAGCUGCGAGUACAAUGGGCUUGAUAAUGUGCAAUUUUGUGGAUCCGACGACGAUUUCCGUGGAUGGCAGUGUCGAUAACGCGAUUAAAGUCCAUUUCAAUGGGCAAGAAGAAACACGUGGCAUGCCCGUCAUCGAUAUAAAUGUAUCUAUUGUUCCGUCGUCGAUGCAAAACAAAAGUAACGCAAGUCCCAUCAAUGCGAUAAUAACGAGUGACCAAGAGAAGGAUGGUAUCGUGACAAAGGACGAACACACAAAACCGUCUGAAAUCGGAUUAUCCUCAUUUAAUUUGUUUUUGGGGGUGACAAACGACACAAAAUUACCCAUUGACUACCAAAAUUGCGUUCAUCCGGAAUAUGUGGUCUUUAGUUGGGUGCUCUGUCUUAUCGCCCUCGCUGCGGCACUCAAACUCUACUACUUGGUCAAGUUUUUCAUGGCAAUCAUGAUGGUUUGCUGCAACGCCAUUCUCAUUCUCUUCGUUUUUCCCGAAGAUUUUAAUCAGUUUUCGUACGAUUUCGAGGUAAAAUGUCUCGGCAUGCCACUUUCGGCGCAAAUGUUGGUUCUUUUGGGCAUUUUUCUGAUCAUGGUGACGUAUCACGCGCGUUUAAUUGAAGUUACGGCCCGUUUGGACUUUAUUUGGAAGGAAAAGGCGGAACGCGAACUCACAAAUACCUCGCACAAUCGACAGUUGAACGACUUGCUCAUCAAGAAUAUUUUGCCGGAUCACGUGGCGCAGCGAUAUUUGCACGCGGAUUGCAUCGUUAAGAAGGACGACUUGUACUCGAACACGCAUCGCAUGUGCGGCGUACUGUUUGCAUCGAUACCCAACUUUCAGGAUUUCUAUUCGGAGGACAUUGAGAAUGGGAAGGCGUGCAUUCGGGUGUUGAACGAAAUUAUCUGUGAUUUUGAUGGGCUGUUGGAGGAUACGAGAUUUGUGACGGUAGAGAAGAUAAAAACUAUCGGGUCGUGUUAUAUGGCAGCCUCGGGAUUGUGUGUCGAUGUGAAAUCCGAUCCGAAUAACACGGAGGAGGAUGCGGUUUGUGAUUUGGUUGAGUUUGCAAUUGCUAUGAGGCAAAAGUUGCGGGAAGUGAAUCGAGACGCCUUCAACAACUUCCAUUUAAAAACGGGCAUCAGCAGCGGUCCCUUAGUUUCGGGCGUCAUCGGUGCUUCCAAGCCUGUUUUCGACAUCUGGGGUGACACCGUCAACAUCGCAUCUCGCAUGUACUCGACAGGUGAAAUUUGGAAAAUCCAAGUACCCGAAUACACGGCACAACUUCUCUCCGCCAAGGGAUACGUUUGUGUGUCUCGUGGCGAGAUUCCCGUCAAGGGCAAAGGUGUGAUGAAGACAUAUUUCGUGUACGACAAAGGCUCGUCCAUUUCGCAGAUCACGUCGCCCGACUUCAUGGCGCCAUCGGGCAUUCCGUCGGCAAUUAGUCCAACGCCGAGCGCUUUGCAGCGUCAAACGUCGUCGCAUGGAUCGUUGGCGGCCGUCGUUAUGGGCAUCAUGCAGGCAACAAAACAUAAUUCAAUGAACGUCACUCCAAGCGCAACCCCAUCUCCGAGACCAUUAAGUCGCAGGGGAAGCCAGUUCAGCUCGAUGAGGUUGUCCCAGCAGAAAGCCACGUUUAAUCCCGUUCGGCGAUACACAACGCGAGACAAAGCACGAAGUUUAUAUUCGAAGGAGAAGAGAAAACAUGACAGCAAUUCACUAACUCCUGACUUGGCUGUGUUCGCAGACUUCAAAGGUUUGCAGAAGAAUGGAAUAAAUUCGAAUCAAUCGCCCACAUAGCUGUAAAGCAACCUUGUAGUUCACAACUUUUAGACAUUUUUAACCGAAUUUGACAUUUUUGAACCAUAGAGCAUCAAUGUUAGCGACAUAAUAUUUGAUUUUCCCACCCAAGACUGGAAAAAAAUUUAUAAAAUAAUAAAUAAAAAUGUUGUCAAAAUAAUUGUUAGAAAUUUUAGAAAUUAAAAAAAAA